AUGGCUGUUCUCAUAUUAGCGGCUAUUUAUCCUGAGUGUCGACUAUCUGAGAAGGCGAUGGAGUACAUUGGGACAACCAACGUCACCGAGACAGGGAAAUCAUGCCUCAGGUGGGAUUCCGGGAAUGUGACUUCUUCGUACGAGUCCGCUAAUGCUGGGUUCAAUAAAGUCUUGUUCUUCGAGGAGCACUUCUUAAACCAGGAUCCAUCCUUGCACAAAAACUUCUGCCGAAACCCAACUGGGUUGGCCAAGCCCUGGUGCUUUGUCGACGAGAAUGGCUUGAAGGUGGAGUUUUGCUGGAUUCGUCCCUGCGAUGAUUUCGGCGCUCCAGAGUGCAAGUUGAGCCAAAAGGGAGGGGAGUAUGUAGGCGUGAAGGACAAGACCAUCUCUGGGUUCGAUUGCAUUCCGUGGCUUAAUCGAGAGAGCAGUGAUGGGGACAGGAUCCGUGGGACCCGUAAAGGAUCAUUCUCAGAUGAACUCACUAACAGUCACAAUUUCUGUCGGAAUCCGAACGGGAACCCCGGAGGUCCUUGGUGCAGCAUCAAGAAUCCCCGAAAGCCCGAAAUGAAGUGGGAGUAUUGCGAUGUAUCCUUUUGCGACUUCGACGCUUCUCAAAGAACCCUCGAGUCUGGAGAUGAAUACAAGUCAAAGCCUGCGGAAUGCAUUCAAACGAAACAUGGACGAGAGUACUCAGGAUUCAAGAAUGUGACUCUGUCGGGGAAGAAGUGCCAGCCCUGGCUAAGCCAAACGCCAAACGAGCAUUCGACCAUCCUCCGCCUCCCAGUAUUCCCCGAUCCUGGCUUGGACGAUCGUCAUAACUACUGUCGAAAUCCCGAUUUAGAAAAAAAGGGACCUUGGUGUUACAACGGAGAGGGCACCGAUCCUGCUUGGGAAUAUUGCGACAUCGAGUUUUGCCAGGGGAUGAAUUGA